CGUGGUGCGCCAAGUAUCGAACACAUUCCCCAGCACGUCGCUCUUUAUGCGUGCAGUCUCUCAUUCUUUUUAUUUCAUAUCAUGGUAUUCACUUUCUCGUCUGGACUUGCAGGAGCGGCUUUGCGGUAGGAGGUGGCAUGCACGAACCGAGGGACCCCUGGACACGAUAAUUCACACCCGAACGCAACUGGCACCAUGGGCGAAGCCGACACGGCCACGACGCCCUGUCCCCGCUCGACGGUCGAGGCAGCCCCGCUCAAGGCCGCCAAGGACAAGAGCUGCCCGUUCUGCGGCCAGGCCUUCACCUCGAGCUCGCUGGGCCGCCAUCUCGACCUCUACCUGCGGCCCAAGAACCCCAAGGCGCCCGACGGCAUACACAUUGUGGACGAGAUCCGCAAGAUCCGGGGCGGCAUCACGCGGCGGCAGGCCAAGGGCAGCGUGUCGCUGCCCAAGAAGGAAGACGGCGGGGAGCGCACACCCGCGGGCCCCCGGCCGAGUGAGGCGUCGUCGACGGCGGCACCGAGCCCCGGCGACGAGGGCGAGGCAGAGGGAGAGGGCGGCGAUGAGGGCGGCGACGAGGGGCAGCUGGACGUGGGCCGCACGCGGGGCCAGUUCCGCAACGUGAGCUGGGGCGCGCAGUCGUCGCGGGCGGUGGCGGCCAGGACGCCCGAGGUGCGGCGGCAGGCGGCACGGCACACGCAACGGCGGGCAGAGCUGGAGCAGCGGCACAAGGCGAGCGUCGACGGCGACACGGCGCGGGCGACGGAGAUGGCGCUGCGCGAGCUGCUCAAGAGCGUGCGCGAGGCCAACGCCAAGGCCUGCGGCGCCGGCCUGUUCGACUUCGACCCCUACGCGCUCAACUUCCCCGCGCUGUGCCUGCACAUGCUGCACGCGCCCUCGACGCUCUUCUCGCCCACGCCCUUCCCCACGGCCGAGUCGUGGUCCAUCAGCCCGCCCGGCCAGGCCCAGUUCGACGCCCUCAACCGCCAGGUCCGCGAGCGCCUGCUGGCCCACCAGCGCCAGCGCCACGUCAACCGCGCAUACCCCGCCGGCGACGGCUCGGGCGCCUCGUCGGCCGCCACGUCGCCGCUGCCCUCGCCGCCGCUGCUCGAGCCCGAUCCGCAGAAGCUCUUCUGCCACAUGGCCGACGCCUACAACCACUGGACCCGCCAGACGGAGCACACGCGCCACGAGUGCUGGCAGCUCGAGAUCCUGCGCGCCUACGCCCGCGCCCACGACCGCCGCCGCGACACGCAGGCCCAGCUCGAGAGCGCCCGCCGCGAGAUCGACUUCCUCAAGGCCAACCGCUGGACCGCCGGCGGGCCCGACCUCUCGCCCGUCAGCAUCAACCUGGGCUCCGACGUGGCCAAGGAGCUGGGCAAGCACGGCAUGGACUACCGCAACUGGGACUACGACCGCCUCGUCGACAAGUGGAAGACGGCCAUCCGCGAGAGCAAGGCGGCCACGUCGGGUAUGGCCGUGCAGAAGCCCCUGCCCAGCGGCCCCACCAGCACCCGCAGCGGCUCCAUGACCAGCUUGCCUGCCCAGUCGUUCGCUGCCACCACCCAGCAGGACCGCCCGCCGAGUCCCGUCAAGGCGGAGAGCGCACUUCCCUUUCCUGCGCCGCCAGCCACAGGCCGCGAGCCAGAAGGCGACCAGCUGGACGCAGAAGGCGACGAUGACGACGACGACGACUCGAUCAACUGCCAGCAGCGUCAGAUUCAGCACCAGCACCAACACCAACCCCUCUCUCAUUUCCACGGCAUGCCCCUGCAGCCAACGCCCAUACACCCCUCACAGCAACUCCAGCACAUGCAAGCACAGAUCCACGUCUCGCAGGCCCAGGCCCACGCACAGGUACAAGCCCAUGCACACGCCCAAGCACACGCGUGGGCAGCAGCACGGCAACACAUGAACCAGUCGCGCGCCCAGGACUUCAGGCCUCACCAGCACCAGCAGCUGUCGCCACACCCACAGCACAUCUCCCCACAUCCCCAACACAUGUCGCCACAUCCGCAGCACAUGGGUUCGGCCAACACCAGCCGCAGACCCUCGCUCGCCAUGAUGGAUCCACACGCCAUGGACCCCAACGCCGUGGCCGCCCUCAACGGCGCCAUGGUCAUGUCGACUGGGAUGGAGGGCAUCGAGACACACCAAGACCAGUUCCUAAGAAUGGACAUGGGACUCGCAGCGGGGUUUGUCGGGUCGAAUGAAGGCGGCAUGCACGGGGAUGUCAAAUUUUCAUCUUGAGUCUGUCACACACGACGUAAGACUUGCAUCGCCACACGGCCAAGUGGCCAUCUUUCUUUUCUUUUUGUUUCGUUUGUUAUACCCUCGUCAUCUGUUUCGUUGCUUGCAUAUCACACCAUCUUGUGUCGAAGAUACCCAAACUCGCAUACUCCGAAAAGCAUCUCAUCUACUUUGCGUGCAGCGGAGCCGUACACACUAAUUUUUAUUUCUUGUGUCACCUAAUCUGGGGAACUGGGGUUCAAGGCUUGGCUUCUCUAGAACCGGUGGAAAUUUUGUUAGAACGGGGUGGCUGUCUCCUUAUGUUCAUCCUCAUUUGUACUGCAUAUUAAUUUCCUUUGUAUAUACCAUCAUCAUCAUCAUCAUCACCACCAUCACCACAGCCGGGCGAAGGGAAAACUUGUUAGGUACCAAGUCCUGCAUGAUUCUCGUAGUAGCUACAUAAUUACCAUCAUAUUGCAUC